AGGACGGCGGGCAUGUGGCGUCCAAGCGCGCCGGCGCGCAUCCUUCUGGGAAUCCUGGCGGGCCUCGCGCUCGGUCUGGCCCUGAGAUACUGGACCGCACAACCGUGGAGCGAACGCGAACUUAUGUACUUGCAGUUUCCCGGCGAGAUUUUUAUUCAGAUGGUCAACUGCUUGGUUCUGCCCCUCGUCGUCACGAGUAUUGUGAGCGCGAGCUCGGACCUUGGCAAGUCUGGAAGUAUUGGUAUCAAGGCACUAUACUAUUAUAUUACAACGACAUCUUUAGGGAUUACUUUAAGCAUUUUACUUUCUCAAAUUAUUCGACCUGGUCAAUGGGAUUCUUUCGACUUAUCGGCUGAUAAGUCGAAUAUCACCAAUGUAAAGCCACGUAUCAAUUUUGUGACUGCUGAUGUGUUUUUGGAUUUAUUAAGAAAUUUGUAUCCAGAUAAUUUGAUCCGUGCUUGUUUAUCUCAGUAUCAAACGGUUUUAGUUGAACCAAAACAAAGUGCAUCGAGUGAAAACAUGGGGAUCUCAACUUAUGACAUGGAUAUAACGUAUCGGUACACGCAGGGAACGAACAUACUCGGUUUGGUGCUCUGCAGUUUGGUAUUCGGAUUGGCGCUCGGCACGAUGUCCGAUGAGCAGAAAUGGCCGUUACAAGGCUUUUUUAUCGGCUUGAAUACAGUUAUCGCCGAGAUCAUUGAGUGGGUAAUAAAGUCAGCCCCGAUCUCCGUGGUGUUCCUCAUCUCGGGCAAAGUUCUGCGCAGCGAGGAGUCGGGGGCGACGGAGAUGGCGCACCUGGUAGCGUUCGUCGGGACGGUCUUGGCCGGCCUGGCGAUUCAAGCCCUCCUCGUACUGCCUCUCGUUUUCUUCAUCAGCACAGGGCACUCGCCCUACCGGAUCCUCGGGGCCAUCGGACCAGCUCUCGUCAACGCCUUCGGCACCUCCUCAAGUACAGCGACCGUGCCGACGACGAUAAGAUGCCUCGAUAAACUGGGCGUUGAUCCGCAAGUUUCGAGGUUCGUAGCUCCGUUUGGUGCCACGAUAAACAUGGAUGGAAUAGCCCUGUACGAGACUAUCGGCGCUAUUUUCAUUACGCAAAUGAGAGGAUUGGAUUUAUCGCUGGUGGAAUCUAUAGCUAUUAGGUACGAUAAGCUCUUUAUCGAAUUGAAUCAAUUCUAUUAGGACGGCGUAUUAAGAGAAGAGAUCGUGGUUUUUAUACGCAGCCCCAGGUCGAUAG